GAAAUUGAUGAGAAAAAAAUUUCGACGGAAUAAAUACAUUUGAGAAAUUAGGCUUCAAUAUCUUGGAUAAUGGUAGUAUGGAAAUUAUCAUUCACAGUUUGAAUUAAUUAAAAAAAAUAAUAAUAAUAAUAAUACUCCGAGCUCUCCUUUUUGUAAGCGCUCGUUCCUCGGACUUUACUGUUCAUCAGUGUCCUCAAGAAGAAGAAAAACACAAAAGCAUGAAGCGAUUUUUCCAACCAAUUGAAAAAGAUGGAUCUUUCAAGAAACCCACCAUUUCUUGUGUCUCUUCUUCAGACAAAGAUGGUGAACAAACAACGACAACACAAACGAUUUCUGAGACUGCUAGUGACAACAAGAAAGAGCCAACGAAGUUCUUGACAUGGAAUGCUAAUAGCUUUCUUCUUAGGAUCAAGAACAACUGGACUGAGUUCACUGAAUUCAUUGAGAAUCUUGACCCUGAUGUCAUUGCCAUACAGGAAGUAAGAAUGCCAGCUGCUGGUUCCAAAGGCGCACCUAAGAACCCAAGAGAGUUAAAAGAUGAUACCAGCUCUUCACGUGAAGAAAAACUGGUGGUGACACGGGCCUUAUCAAGUCCACCAUUCAAAAAUUAUAAUGUUUGGUGGUCUCUUUCGGACUCAAAAUAUGCUGGAACUGCAUUAUUCAUCAAAAAGUGUUUUCAACCAAAGAAGGUUUCCUUUUCGCUUGAUGCAACAGGUUCUAAGCAUGAACCAGAUGGUCGAGUUAUUUUGGCUGAAUUUGAGACAUUCCGAAUAUUAAACACAUACGUUCCAAACAAUGGGUGGAAAGAGGAGGAAUCUUCAUUUCCGAGGAGAAGAAAAUGGGACAAAAGAAUGCUAGAAUUUGUUCUUGCAACUUCAGAUAAACCCCUUAUUUGGUGUGGUGAUCUUAAUGUGAGUCAUGAGGAUAUUGAUGUAAGUCAUCCAGAAUUUUUCAGUGCAGCCAAGCUCAAUGGUUACAUUCCACCGAACAAAGAGGAUUGUGGUCAACCUGGAUUUACCCUGGCUGAAAGGAGGAGGUUUGGUACCAUAUUAAAAGAAGGAAAGCUAGUAGAUGCAUAUAGAUUUCUUCACAAGGACACGGACAUGGAACGUGGCUUCUCGUGGUCGGGAAAUCCUGUUGGGAAGUAUCGUGGGAAAAGGAUGAGAAUAGAUUACUUUAUUGUAUCUGAGAAAUUGAAAGACAGGAUUGUUUCAUGCGAGAUGCAAGGACGAGGGAUCGAAUUGGAUGGUUUCUAUGGGAGUGACCAUUGUCCAGUAGUCCUUGAACUUUCUGAGAAGGAUGCAGAUACCAAACAAGGGAAAAAAAGAAGCCACAGAAGAUUUGUCACUCUAUGUCUUCAGCUAAGAGCCUUCUCUAUUCUUAGGGGCUGUUUGGUAGAGCGUAAAAGAAUAAUAUUGAAUGAAGUAUAUUAGCAAUGCUUUCAUUGGUUCUGAUACAUUGUUUAGUUUAAUAUUGUCAUUAAUCAAGCUAAUGCAUGUGUUGAAAUUUUUGUAUUACUGAAAAAAGGUGAUAUUAGUAAUAC